GGGGCGUGUCCGGGCGAGUCCCUGACAGGUGUGGAGCAGAGGGCAGAGCGGGAGCUCCGGGCGGCGGUUUUGGGACAGACCCGGUCCCUCCCAGACCUCACCGGCGUGGGGCCCUCCUGCCAUGGGGGUGCUGCCUGCCUCUGCUUGCCCCGGCACACCCACCGCCUGCCCCUGCCAGACCGUGCACCAGCUCUGCCAGCAAAAUGUGUUGACCUCCCGGAGGGGUACCCAGCCCACCCGCGGGCACAGGCACUCCAGGGAGCCUGGCGCCGGGCAGGGACGCUUUGCGCCACCCGGGAGGGAUUGCCAGGACAAACUAGUCCCGUGAGCAGCAGGCACAACCCGUGGGCGCCCGCUGUGCCGGGUGCCUGGUUGGGUGUCUGGCCUGGAGUCGGCUCACGUGUCAGCGCCCUGGCUGGGGAGGCCCUGCUACCGCCCUCCCUCUCGCCGUCGUCCCAUCUUCUCCCCACUAGUUUUCCAUCUCUCUCCUCAUUUCUCUGUCCCUCCCACUCGCGGUCGGAGCGGCCCCUUUAAGUGCGGCGGUGACGUCAGGGGUGGGCACAGCUUGUGCUGGCGCGGCGCCCGCGGGCGCAACUGGCGGGGGGGUACGCCCCCGCGGCCGCGCGUUGCCGGUGCCGCUGGUGCCGCUGCCGCUGCCGCUGCCGGUGCCGCAUGGCUCUGGCCGGCGCGCUCCGGAACCUGACGCUGACCCUGGGGGCCGCCGUGGCCGCCCUCGGUUCCCUCCUCUUCAUCGCCUGGAAGAUCUACUUCCGCACCGGCACCGGCACCGACUGGAGCGGCUGGUGGGAGCGGGAGCUGCGGGAGCUGUGGGACCGAGCCCCCGCCGGCGACGCGGCUGGAGACGGGGGCUGGCAGGGCACCUUGCUCCGGGUCUUUCCCUCAAACUCAACCAGCUGCCUGAGCAAGGGGCUACGGGUCCUGGGACCAGCCCACACGCACCCUGCACCCCCCUCUACCCCCACAGCUGGACUGGCGGCAGGUGCUGGUGCUGGGGCUGGAUGGGGCAGGGAAGAGCAGCGUCCUGCACUACAUCUGCAGUCAGACGGCCAGGGAGCACAUCGCACCCACCCACGGCUUCAACUCUGCCCAGCUAUAUGUCGGGGGGCUGGAGAUGGACCUGCUGGAGGUGGGGGGCAGCCAGAACCUGAGAGCGUACUGGCCCUGCUACCUGAGCCAAGCCCACGUGCUGGUGUUCGUGGUGGACUCUGUGGACAGGUCCCGCCUGCUGACAGUGCGCCAGGAGCUGCAUGCACUGCUGGCUGCAGAGCCCCGGCUGCCCCUGGUUGUCCUGGCCAACAAGCAGGACAAGAGCGAUGCCCUGAGCGUGGCAGAGCUGAAGGAGGAGCUGGCCCUGCACACACUCAGCGGGCAGCGGGAGCUCUUCCUCCUGCCCACCAGCGCGACCUGGGCCAGCCUGAGCUCUGCCACCAGUGUCCUCCAUGUGAAGAGUCUGCUGGUCACCCUGCUUUCCCAGCCCUGAGACUGUAUGGGGGGCAGACAGGCUCCCACCCCCAGCAUGGUUCCUCUUUGGGGUCCACAGCGCUGGGACGGAGGUGGCCAAGCAGGAGACCUGGAGCUCAGACGCACUGGUAGCAGGCUGCCGGCUCUGGGGUGCUCACUGCACCCCGCGAGGUUUCGGGUUGAGCUGUGGCAUGGCUGCCCUCAGGGAACAUGAGCAGCAGGCUCUGCUCUCUGCCAUGGGGAGAGAGCAGCUGCCUCCCCCAGUUCAGGGAUGAAAUAUCUCUUGGGACGGAGGCACAAGCACGGCUUUGACCUCUUGGUGAGCAUGAACGUGCAGCACAGGGCAGGGCCCCACACGUUCACUGCAGCCCUGCGGGAUAUGAAAUGAAUGGGGCUGAAUAAGCGAGGUGGCCCUUUCACCCACCAGCAUGGACAGGUCAUCCCAGGAGAGGGGCUCUCCCUGCUGAAAAACACGAGGAGUUCCUGCUGGUGCAGCCCUGACAGUGCAGCACACACCAGUGGGAAUAACCUGCUCAGGCCGUUCCUCACCAGGGCUGAGCACAGCUCCCAAUUCCCCCAAGUCUGUAUUUAAAGCCAUGUUUAGGAAAGAUGAAGGAAGGUGUCAGGCAGCCCUGCACUGCCCUUUCACCCUGAGCAGGGGUAAAGACAGGACUUCUGGGAGGAGCUGCGCUCAGCAGACACAUCCCCCUGCACGUCUCCCUUCCUCUCAGCUGCCCUGGGGAGAAGGGAAGGAGCCAAGCCCAGGGCCCGCAGGGUCCUGGAAAAACCAAUCAUGAAACCUGAAGGGCACAUCAGGGAAACGGAUGUGAACCAGCCUGUCUCUGCUGUGAAAUCUUUUGUACAGUUGCUCUUUCCUUUUUUCAAUAAAAGAGGCCAAUCACUGCA